UGGGGCAGAGAUGUUGCAGCCCUUGCUGUGCCCCCCUCGGGGAGCCCUGAGGGCCCCACGUGUGCCCCCCGAGAUGAGCAGCAAGGACCCCCCCGAGGUCUCAGAGAGGGGACACCUGAAGGUUUUCCUGCCCCGGAAGCUGGUGGAGUGUCUGCCCAAAUGUCCCGUGCUGCCCAAGGAGCAGCUGCGCUGGAACACCAAUGAGGAAAUCGCCUCGUACCUGAUCACCUUCGAGAAACACGACGAGUGGCUCUCGUGCUCCCCCAAAACCAGGCCGCAGAACGGGUCGGUGAUCCUGUACAACCGGAAGAAGGUCAAGUACCGCAAGGAUGGCUACUGCUGGAAGAAGCGCAAGGAUGGCAAAACCACGCGGGAGGACCACAUGAAGCUGAAGGUGCAGGGAGUGGAGUGCCUCUACGGCUGCUACGUGCACUCCUCCAUCGUGCCCACCUUCCACCGCCGCUGCUACUGGCUGCUGCAGAACCCCGACAUCGUGCUGGUGCACUACCUGAACGUGCCGGCCAUGGAGGAGUGCGGCCGGGGCUGCGCCCCCCGGCUCUGCAGCCCCCCCCUCUGCUCGGGGGCCCCCCCGCUCUGCGACCCCCGCGAGUGGCUCAAGUGGUCCCAGGAGGAGCUGGUGGCUCAGCUGCGCCCCAUGUUCCAUGGGGUGAAGUGGGGCUGUGGCAAUGGCGGGGCCGCCCCCGGGCUGUCCCUGGAGCAGCUGGUGCAGCACGUCCUGGAGAGGCACCAGAGCCGGCCGCCCCCCCGCACCCACGCCUGCCUCUGCGCCGGGGGGCUGGGCACCCCCGGCCAUAAAUGCAGCAGCACCAAGCACCGAAUCAUCUCCCCAAAAUUGGAGCGGGGGGGAGUGGCCCCCUCUGGGGACCCCCACCCCAAACCUGCCCCCUCCUCCCCGGACACCACCCAGCCCUCCCCGGCGCCCCCCGAGGGACCCCCCCGACCCUCCCCAUUUCCGCCCCCCUCCUCCUGCUCGGGGGGUGCGGGGGGGGCUCUGCCCCUGCUGGUGGUCGCCAGUUUGGGGGGCGGGGGCGGCGCGGCGGCGCCGGGGGGUCCCGAGCAGCCCCUGGGGCUGACCCCGAGCCAGCACCUGGUGGGGACCCCCGAGGGGUCCUGCCCCACGGCCCCGCCCCCGCUGCAGCCCCCCACCGCCGCCUUCGACCCCGACUGCUUCCUCAACAGCCCCCGCCGCGGGCAGACCUACGGCUGCGAGGCCGACCCCCGGGCGCCGCCCCGGCCCCCAGAGCUGCGGGAGGACGAGGACGAGGAGGAAGAGGAGGAGGAAGGAGAGCGGGGGGCUGCAGCCCAGGACCCCCUCCCCGCUGCUGCGCCCCCCCAGACCGCGUUCCCCCUGCCCUUCCCCGAGCUGCUGCUGGGGGGGGGCACGGACACGGGGGGCGUCCCCCCAACCCUGCGCGACCCCCCAGCCCCUCCCCACCAGCAGCUCCCCUCCUCCCCGUCGGGCCCCCCCAGCGACCCCCCCCCCGCCGUGGCCAUCACCGAUUUCUCCCCGGAGUGGUCGUACCCCGAGGGCGGGGUCAAGGUACUGAUCACGGGGCCCUGGGGGGACCCCGGUGCCUCCUACUCGUGUCUGUUCGACCGCACCUCGGUCCCCGCCGCGCUGGUCCAGCCGGGCGUGCUGCGCUGCUACUGCCCCCCUCACGAGGCCGGCGUGGCCGCCCUGCGCGUGGCCUGUCCCCCCCGGCUGCUCUCGGCCGCGGCCCCGUUCGAGUACCGGGCCCGGGGGGCGGCCCCCGGGGCACAGCUGGACUGGCUGGCGCUGGACGAGGCCCAGUUCCGUCUGUCCAUCCUGGAGCGCCUGGAGCAGCUGGAGACGCGUCUGGGGGCCCUGCCCCCCCCACGGGGGGCUCCCUCCGAGACCCCCCCCGAGCAGGGGCCGGGCUCGUCCUUCGAGGCGCGGGUGGUGGCCGUCUGCGAGGCCAUGAUGGCGCGGCCGGGCUGGUCGGGGACAGCGCCGGGGACAGCGGGGACCUCGCUGCUGGCACACGGGGUGACGUUCCGUGGGAUGACUCUGCUGCACCUGGCAGCUGCCCAGGGCUACGCCAGCCUGGUGGAGGCUCUGCGGCGCUGGCGGGUGCUGGCAGUUGAGAGCCUGGAGCUGGAGCAGGAGAUCGACCCCCUCAACGUGGACCAUUUCUCCUGCACCCCCCUGAUGUGGGCGUGCGCCCUGGGGCACCGCGAGGCGGCGGAGCGGCUGUGCCGCUGGGACCGGCGGGCGCUGGCCGUCCCCGACACCCUGGGCCGGCUGCCCCUGGCCCUGGCCCGUGCCCGCGGCCACCUGGCCCUUGUCACCUGCCUGGAGGAGCUGCAGGGGUCACCCGUGUCCCCUCGCUGCCACCUGCCCGGCCUGCGCGUCCCCUCCCCGCUGUCCGCGAGCCCUGACACAGGGCUGAGCACAGCCAGCAGCCUCUCGUCCCCCUCGGGGCUCUCCGAGGGUCCCGGCUCCGUUCCGCUGCCCCCCGGCCCCCCUGGGCCCCCCGAGGAUGACACCUGGGGGGUGGCAGUGCCCCCCAGCCCACCUGAGGACGCCCUGGCCCCGCCCUCCGAUGCCCUGCAGGCCGAGGUGGUAACCCUGGCACGCCAAAUCAUCGAGGCCACCCCUGAGCGCAUCAAGCAGGAGGCGCCGGGGGGGCCCCCGGGGGCACUGGGAGCACCGGGGGGGACUCCGGGGACAGCGGGGACAGCGGGGACAGCGGGACUGGGCGCUGCCAUGGCCUGGCUGGCCACGUACCUGGAGAGCGUGGACCGGCCCCCCGCACCUGGGCACAGGUCAGAGGUGGCCUCGCGGGGGUCCCCAGGGGUCCCCGAGCGCCCCCCCCCCCCCUCGGCGGCGGGCUGGGCCGAGUUCCUGAACGCCUCUGGGGGGGCUCGUGGUGAGGGGGGGGCCGUGGCCCUGCUGACCCUCAGUGACCAGGAGCAGCACGAGCUCUACGAGGCUGCGCGGCUCGUCCAGGGGGCCUUCCGCAAGUACCGGGGCCGGAGGCUGAAGGAGCAGCAGGAGCUGGCGGCUGCCGUCAUCCAGCGCUGCUACCGCAAGUACAAACAGCUGACCUGGAUCGCUCUGAAGUUUGCGCUGUUCCAGCGGAUGACGCAGGCCGCCAUCCUGAUCCAGAGCAAGUUCCGCAGCUACGCGGAGCAGAAGCGCUUCCAGCGCCGCCGGCGGGCGGCCGUGCUGAUCCAGCAGCGCUUCCGCAGCCUCCGCCAGCACCGGAGCACCUUCCUCACCCUCAAGCAGGACCAGGCGGCGCGGAAGAUCAUGAGGUUCCUGCGGCGCUGCCGCCACCGGAUGGAGGAGCUGAAGCAGAACAAGGACGUGGACAGUUUACAGACGCGGGGCCUGGCCUCGUGACCCCCCCACGGCGUUGGGGGCCCCUCAGUGCUCCCCCCACGGGGAUCCCAGGCACGGGGGGAGCUCCCCUCACUGUCCG